AUGUCGUCAACGCUUCCUUCGCUUAGGCAAUUUUGGAAACAGACUUUGUUCUUGUCUGUGCUUGCGAUCGGAACGGCAGCGUAUGUCAAAUCGAAGGUCACCAUUCGCCGAAAACAACAAUACAUCAAGGAAACCUCGUCGUUUGACUCAACGCAGAAAAAGCAAAUUGCGGACGUUAAACCUGGAUUUCCCGAGAGAAAUCCGGACGACGAAAAGUACAAAAGAAAGAGCGAGUUUGAAGGAGCAGGAAACAGUUACAUGAGUAGAAAGCACGGCGACAAGCUAGCAUGGUGGGGGCGUGGAAGUGAUUAA